AUGGUCCACACAAUACCAUGGUGCACUGUUCUUUCUCCCCCUAAUGUAUCCGGUGUCAGUCCGGGAGUCUAUGAGAACCAACUGGUGUGGAUUCUGAAUGGUACUACCAGCGCUAAGUGGCCAGUCAUGGUUUACUGCAAAAGAAAGGAUCAGGCAUUGGUGUUGAACACACAUUUGAAUCCAUUCCUGGUGUAUCAUGGCCAAGAGGACAAUGUAACUUUCAGAGCAUCUUUGCAUGAGUGGCAAGAAUGGCCCAGGAUCACUGCAAUGUUCGACAAUGAUGGGGCCACCUUCUGGGCCAUCAUAUAUGGCGCAAGGGCAGGCAUCUUCUAUCACUGGGCCCACGGCUUCGAUAAAAUUGAAAAUGCGCUAAUCUGUCAGAUGAGUCGCGGUGCAACUGUGUAUGGAUGCAUAGAUCAAUACCUGGCCAACACAACGACUUCACCAUUUCAUGCCGGCAGUCGAGUUCCCCGCCCUACACCCACCAUAGCUUCACCCACAGCAUCUCCAGUGGGGACCCCUUUGAAGCAGAAAGGGAAGGCGCACAUUCCUGAGUCGUCACCAAGGAAAACUCAUCAUGGCAACUACCUCACUUCGAAUGUGACCGUUAAUAGUGUUGGCAAUGGGGACAUAUUUUCAUUUCCCACAUCACACAGCUCACCAAGGACUCCAUUACUUGCAAGAUAUCUGGAGGUAUACCAGUACUCGAAGCGAUACGUAUCAAGACAUCUUGAAGAGGCUGAUACAAGGGAUGACUUUAUUGAAGCCAUGGAGGAGAGUAUUCCAGAAGAGGUGGCUGGAUUCAUUUGGGACCUGGGAUAUCGGCAGAAGAAAUGUACUAUGAGGCGGCAGAAGCACCAGUACGCAGAGGUCAAAGUCGCCGGUCACACAGAUACGGUAGCCUGGGACUAA